GAGACGGCGGUUUGACGCCGCUGGAUGCGGAGCUGCAGUGCGGACAAACAGGCUGGAGCCGGAGAACCUGACACCCACAGACCGCCUAUGACAGCCGGCCCGGCUCAGCCUCUCUCUCGCGGGGAUCAGGACCUGCUUUUAUCCCGGGUUAAAGACUCCCGGAUGCGGCCGUAAACGCGCAGGAUCAGUCCGCAUCCUUGCAUCCUCGCAUCCUCACAUCCUCCCAUCCUCCCAUCCUCCGCCUCAGGCCCGGAGGGGGGACCAGCACCCCGGACAGCACCCCUCCGGACUCUGCUUUUUGUUUCUUUCCGGACUCGGCGCGUCCCGGUGCUGCAGCACCGGAGGGCGGCGCCAGUUCGGUUUGAUUUGGGGGUCGCUGUUAGAGGAGGAAUAGCCCAGGCUACAUGGUGGUUCUUUUGAUUUAGUCCUGCGGGAGUGUGAGGCCCAAACCCCGGCCAACCUUCAGAGGAACGGUGGGUUUUCUGGACCAGGGCGUUUUGUGCCGAAAUAAAAUCCCAGAUGAAGAUUCCCAAAAGGCGGAAAAGGAGCGGACGGUGCGCCAGAUAAAUGGCUCUUUUAAGCUGGGAGCUGCUCGUGUUCUGUCUGGCUGGCAGAUGCAGUGCCUAGUCCCCGGCCUCCAGGACAACGCCAACAUGAACGGGACGUCGGAGCAGGCCGACAUCCUGCCGCCAAACUGCAUGGUCAAGGACCGAUGGAAAGUGCUGAAGAAGAUCGGCGGCGGCGGGUUCGGGGAGAUCUACGAGGCCUUGGACCUGCUGACGCGGGAGAACGUGGCGCUGAAGGUGGAGUCGGCCCAGCAGCCCAAACAGGUGCUGAAGAUGGAGGUGGCGGUGCUGAAGAAGCUGCAGGGUAAAAAUCACGUCUGUAAGUUCAUUGGCUGCGGGAGAAAUGACAAAUUCAACUACGUGGUCAUGCAGCUUCAGGGGCGUAACCUGGCGGACCUGCGGAGGAGUCAGCCCAGAGGGACCUUCACCAUGAGCACCACCCUGCGGCUCGGGAAGCAGAUCCUGGAGUCCAUCGAAGCCAUCCACUCAGUGGGCUUCCUGCACCGAGACAUCAAACCGUCAAACUUUGCGAUGGGCCGGCUUCCCUCCACCUACAGGAAGUGCUACAUGCUGGACUUUGGUCUGGCACGGCAGUACACCAACACCACCGGAGAGGUCCGACCGCCGAGGACUGUGGCAGGUUUCCGAGGGACGGUCCGAUACGCUUCGGUCAACGCUCAUAAAAACAAGGAAAUGGGUCGCCAUGAUGACCUGUGGUCGCUGUUUUACAUGUUGGUUGAGUUCGCCGUUGGACAGUUGCCAUGGCGAAAGAUCAAAGACAAGGAACAAGUGGGUCAGAUCAAAGAGCGUUAUGACCAUCGGAUGCUGCUCAAACACAUGCCUUCAGAGUUUAAUAUCUUCCUGGACCACGUGCUGGCCCUGGACUACUACACCAAACCAGACUACCAGCUGCUGAUGUCGGUGUUUGAGAACAGCAUGAAGGAGCGAAUCAUCACCGAGAACGAGCCUUUCGAUUGGGAGAAGGGAGGAGGUGAUGUCACGCUGUCGACCAGUGCCUCCACCCAACCACAGCACAACACCCGGCCCACCGCCGCCAUGGUGGGAGCCAUCGUGACGCCGGUUCCCGGAGAUCUGCAGCGGGAGAACACGGACGACGUUUUGCAGGACGAACAUCUCAGCGAUCAGGAGAACGCACCGCCGGCGCCGCCCAGCCGCCCCCUCGGAGAGACGGGCGUCCCCCUCGCCGGGGACACCGGAGAGGCCUGGGAAGACACGGACUUCAACCGCAACAGACUCAGGAUCAGCCUGAACAAGGGUGCUCAGGAGGAGGAGUCGGGUCGGGGCGCGUGUCCAGCGUCGCCGGUCCGCGGUGGAGCCCCAGAGUCACCGACGGGUCAGGGUCGGUCCUUACGGUACCGCCGGGUCAACAGCCCCGAAUCUGAGCGCCUGUCUGCUGCCGAGGGCCGCGUCGACGCCUAUGGACAGAGGUCCCGGUUGGACAUGCUUGGCUCUCCGUCGCGUCACGUCUACUCCUCCCAGCCGGCUCAGAUGCUUUCUGUAGACCCCGGUUGCCGCGGCGACCGGCAGGCCAGCGGGCGCCAGGAGAUGUCGGUGGCGUCGGUGGACCAGGAGGCGCACAGCAACGCUUUCAUCCGCUCGGUGCCGCUGGCCGAGGAGGAGGACUUCGACAGCAAAGAGUGGGUGAUCAUCGACAAAGAGGCGGAGCUCCGAGACUUCCAGCCAACCACGUCGGGGACCACGGAUGAGGAGCCCGAGGAGCUCCGCCCCCUGGAGGAGCAGGAGGAACGCCGAAGGCUCAGGGCCGCAGGAGGCGAGCUGGUGGUUCGUCCGAAGACCCACACCCGGGACAGCAGCCGUGGGAUGCUAACGCUAACGGAGGAGGAGGCGUCGCGGAGGAGCGGCGGCAGCCCCGCCCAGUCGCCCUGCCACUCGCUGCCGUCGGGACGCCCCCGCCGGAGAGAGUCGGACCCCAUCGGACCCAACAGACCGGUGAUGUCGCCCACGGAGCAGAGCAGCCCGUCGCCGCCCUCCCCAGACUAUCGGACAAAGGGCCAGAGCGACGAGAAAGAGCACUUCCACAUCCUUCCUCAACUCCAGGCUAAGAGGGCCGACUUCCUCACCGUCAUACUCACCGGUACCUUGCCUCAGCGCCGGAGCUUUGCCACGCCAGAUGAAGAAGUCCAAGAAAUUCCGGGGCCAAAGGAUGACGACGUCACGAAGAGCGAGUCAAACAGCGAGGCAAGUCAGAAGAGCACUGAACGUAGCCAGGAUGCAGCGCCUUCGACACUCAUGGCCGAGGACCAGAGAGGCCAAAGGGAGCACGCCUCGGUUGCGGAUGCAGACCCUGACCUGGAGGAUGCUUCCAAAACCCUCGUCCUCUUCUCGCCUGGAGACACUCGUAAGUCUCCAUCCGGUUAUGAUCACGGUCUAGAGGGCGAGCUCGCCACACCGUGUGCUCUCAACUCCCGUACCGACCGCCUCCUGGUCGGCGAGGUGAGUCAGCCUGAACCCUGUGAGACUGGCCGUUUGUCCCCCGCUCUCAGGUCAGACCUGAGGCCAUCCACUCCCAUUGCUCCGGCGUCACCGCCCUUCACCAAAGUUGAGCGCACUUUCAUCCAUAUUGCAGAGACCUCACACCUCAACGUCAUGUCUUCCAACGGUCAUUCUGCCAGGGACAGUGACAGGGAAGUCUUGUCCAUCAUGAAGGCGGCGGCUGCAGAGGAUGACGUGUUACUGACAGAGGAGACUCCAGAGGAGUUUGUGCCAGAACAAACUUCACCAGUUGACAAACAACCCCAAACUGAGAAUGGUCCAUCAACUGUCCUGGCCCUGUCUUUGGAGCCUGUCCCAGAAGCUAUGUUACCGGUUCUUGCACAUACAGAUCUGUCACAGGAUCCUAAGAAACAGCCAUUAUCCAGUGAAGAAGCUGCCAAGCUUCAGACAAUUGGAUCAGAACUACCAGCUGCCACGAAACCCAGAAUCCGCAGCCGAAUCCCAGUACUCAUCUCUGAAGAGGACUCUGGCUCAGAGCAGUCGUCCUCCCUCUCGGCUCGGGCUCGGCUUCAGCAGCGAGCCAGGCAGCUGGACUUGGCCCGCAUGCUGGUCCAGAAGCAACAGGGUCGCUGGAUGAGGAGGAGGAUGCUGUCUGGGACGUCAUCGUCCGUGUCCUCUGGUGACGAUGAGCGUCGACGGGCUUCCGAAACUCUGUCCACCACCGGCUCAGAGGAGGACACACAUACCUCGGAUGAGUCAAGGAGGAGCGCCCGUCUCAAGCCGACUGAAGAGCAAGGCUCCAAGGAGUGCCGGAGCCGGAUCCCGAGGCCCGUUACGCCCGUAAAGUGGCCGCCAGGGGGGCUUGCCGCUGCUGCUCCUUCUCCCCUCUCCUUGCCAGACUCCAGCACUACCAAAGGAGCAUCAUCCUUUACCAACGGGAAUCAGAAAAUGGGACUAAGCACUGUCAGCACUCAACGGAAAUCUAAACCCGUUUCACCAAGGUCGUCCUCCUCAUGUACCCGUCCAUCCGCUGGCCCAUCCGGCAGCCCUCGAAUGCCCCUGCGAGUCCUGUUUGGAACCCGACGCAGCCUUAGCUCCAACCACUGCAGGACUGAUAGCCCCUCCCCUCAGAGAGUAUGUCCGUCCAGGCAACCCCUCUCGGUUCGAGCCCCAACUGUCCCCAUGCUACCGCCCAGGACUACAACAACCAUGCGGCGCAGCGUCUCGCAGGAAGCCCAGACCUCCUCUGGCACCACGCCCGCCAGGACCCGGCCCAAACCAGCCGGCGCGGCUAAGGGGAAGCCGAACGCCAGGGAGAAGGUGGUGCCCGCUAGAUAAUACAAAGAAACUCAUAGCUGAGACAUGUUUGUGUAUAAUCAGUCUUCGGACAAGCUACGCCUCAAAGGUUUUCACCUCAUUCCAUAUUAGACUGUGAUGUUACAAUCACCUCCUUCAAUUCGUUUAAUGGGUAAAUUCCUUUUUUUUCCAACCUGGACUCUAUUUUCCCAACAAUAAUCUUUGAAAUUAGUCCAGUAUUAAGCAAGACAAAACAAGCUGCAAUGUAAGUUAUUGGGCAAUGGCGCACCUUCAAUUUACGUCCACCAUAUAGCUUGCUGUACUACUGACAGGCUCAGAUUAUUAUUCUAAUUGUCUGUCAACAUUAUGGAAAGGAUUCCUACAGAGAUAGACCUUUUUCUUAAAGAGUCAAAUCCUUUUUUUAAACAUAAAAAAGCCCCGAAAUUGCUAUCGCUAAACCCACCAGACUCCGGUUAAAUAAACAGUACUUUUAUCCGCAUAAAACACACUUGACCUAUAGGGUUACAUUGCAGCCUAGUUCACGUCUGCCGGUUACAGUGAUCUCGGUCAAUACCGGACCAAUAUCAGAGAUUGUUGUUCCCGUCAGUCACUCAGACACAAAAACCGAGGAAAAAUAGGGUCCAAGUUGAGAAAAAAAAAAACUAUAACGUUACCCUAUAAUGUACACAGACUUAUUUUUUCCAAGGACAGCUUACCGAACUCUCUUCAUGGGCUUCCAGUAAUCUUGAGUGACUGUCGUACAGGAGCGGUGCUGCCUCGGUGCUAUGGAUAGGUCUGCUGCUCCCUGGUCAAUCCCUGAUUUAAACUGGUUUCUGGAGCUGAGAAUCAUGUCCAGUUUCAGAAACUCUCACCUUCCACAAAAUCUCCCAGCUCGUCCACAGCUAUACUACUCUUCUAUUGACAGUACCCUGCUUGGUUCACACUGCAUGGUGAAGUAUAUCACAAAUACAUUGAAUCUGUAGAAGGAAAACAAAAAUCUGUACCUUUCAAUUAUUUGAUAUAGUUCUCUCCUACCUAUUGGGAUAAAUGGGCAAAAAGAAGAGACCAAAUUGGACUGGUUUGAAUGCCCGACCAAUGUUGAUAUGAUUAUAGAUUCCUAACUAUAUCCUGUACUCAUUAUGGUGUUGGAUAAAGAGAAGAGCUGGAUAUGAACGGAAAAUAAAUUGCUCGGCUGCUCGCCUUCUCCUCAUGGUGUGACAAUGGGCAUGCUUUAAUCAUUCUAUUUUCUGGGUGUUUUUAUUUUUAGUUAUGCUCUGAAUUGUAUAUAAUAGAAUCAUUUCCCAUAAAGACAUUUUAAUUUUUUAAAUUGCCAAGCAAAGUGUAAAUUUCAAGUCUUUAACCUUCUGUUUCUAUAGAGAGGCGAAGUGCAUCCCCUUCCAGUUGAUCUUAUUUCGUAAAAAAGUCUGCCCGGUAGUGGAGACGGGGAGAGGCAAAAAUUGUUUUGAUCCUGUUUGAAUUGAGCCAAUAUGUGUUUGGUACCAGGAUGUAACAUUACUUUGUGUGUUUGUGAGUCUGUGUGUGUGGUACCAGGAUGCAAUGUAACUCACAAAUUCUCUCUCUUCCUGGCUGAUAAAAAGAUACUUGACAUAAAAUAUCAGGUAAGAUAAUGAUACAUAUAUUGGGGAACAGAGCUAAGCUAGCUAGCUAACGAGCGAGCGAGGUGAUUUUUAUUGUGUAAGACGAGAGACGUAGUUCACAGAGCGGUUUCACACUAAACUAAGUGGUACUACGAUAAACAGACUUUCUUCACUCGCUAAAUCAUCUUUAAACUGAUAAACAUCAGAUGUGUAACUCAUGGCUCAAUUCAAACAGGAUCUAAACAUUAUUUCUCCACGUUCACUACAGGACACAUUUUUUCAGAGAUAAAGUCCCAUGGUGGUCCCGCGGAAGGGGAGGGACUUAGCCUCACUAUGUGUCGGCACUAUGCCUGUUUUUUUGCGCAUGAGAAAAACAGGGUUAACCAUGAGAGGAAGUUAUACCUGCUUGGAUUCUGCUGACAGUGCAAAGGUUUGCUGGAUGUUGGAACCCAUGUCGUGUUUGUUCGGGGGUUGAUGGGCACUGAGCUGUGAAGUAAAGUCUUGGUCAUGUG